AUGGUUGAAAAUAAUUCUCAAAAUUCUAAAAUUGAUAUUGCGAUCAUCGGUAUUGGUAUUCGUUUACCAGGAAAAAUUAAUUCACCAGAACAAUUUUGGAAUGCUCUCCAAAAUUCAUUCGAUGGUGUUGUGAAAAUUCCAAAGGAGAGAUGGUCUGAAGCAUAUCAUCAACACCGAUUGAUUACAAAUGAUAAUGCAGGUUUAUUGGAGUUGGAUGAAUGGAAAAAGUUUGAUCCACUAUUCUUUGAGAUCGCUCCAAAAGAUGCUCCUGUUCUCGAUCCACAAGAGAGAAUGCUUCUUACACUCACCUAUGAAGCAUUGGAAGAUGCCCAGAUUCCAUCAAAGUCAUUAUCAGGAUCAAACACCGGUGUAUUUGUGGGUGUAUCAACGAUUGACUACCAUCAUUUGAAUACUGGAUUUAGUCCAUCCUACCCUGCCCCAAAGGUUUUGUGUGAUUUUUCAACACAUUCUGUGAUGGCAAAUAGAGUUUCCUAUUGUUUUGAUUUCCGUGGUCCAUCGAUGUGUAUUGAUACCGCUUGUUCAUCAUCUUUGACCGCAACCGAUCUUGCAAUCAAAUACAUUCAAGAUGGUGAAUGCGAUAUUUCACUUGUUUGUGGAAUCAAUGCUUUGUUUGACCCUGAAAUUUCAAAGAUAUAUAGCAAUUUUGGUGUUCUUGGAGAUCAAUGUCGUUCUUUCGAUGCUGAUGCAAAAGGUUUUGUCAAAGGUGAAGGAUGUGGAGUGGUUGUUUUGAAAAAACUUUCAAAUGCAGAGAGAGAUGGAAAUCGAAUCUAUUCAGUUAUCAAAGGAAGAGGUAUCAAUACUGAUGGUCACUCAAACAAAGAUACGAUAUCUACACCUUCAAAUGUGACACAAUCACAAAAUAUUAAACUUGCUCUUCAGAGAUCAAAUAUUGAUCCAUCAGAAAUCUAUUAUGUUGAAGCACACUCCACUGGAACUGUUGUUGGUGAUCCAAUAGAAGUCCAAGCAUUAAUCGAUGUUUUUGCUCAUAACCACACUCCCGAAAGACCUUUGAAGAUUGGAUCAGUAAAAACAAAUAUUGGUCAUUUGGAAAGUGGUGCUGGUGUUGCAUCUCUUAUCAAAGUAUCUUUGAUGUUAAAACAUAGAAAACUUGUACCAAGCAUUAAAAUGAGAAAAUUAAAUCCAAAGAUCCCUUUUUUGGAAUCAAAUAUUCAGGUUGUUACACAAGUUGAAGAUCUACCUAAUGAUAGAUUGAUUUCAAUGGGUAUUAAUUCUUUUGGAAUUGGUGGAUCGAAUAGUCAUAUCAUUUUACAAGAAUAUAGAGAUGAAUAUAAAUUCUCAAGUUUAUCAAAAGAUUCAUUUUAUCAUUCAUUUUUAAUUCCAAUAACAGCCAAUUCUUCUGUAUCGAUAGAUAGAUAUAUUGAAUCAAUCAAGGAAUAUCAAAAUAGAAUUUCUUUGAAAGAAUUCGCAUUAUAUCAAUCAAUUACGAAAUCAUUCCAUUCGAAAAGAAAAGUAAUUAUUGCCAAAGAUUGGAUUGAGUUCAAUUCACAAUUAAUUCAAUUUAAUGGCCAAACACCUUCUCUUGGAAAGAAAUUGAUUUAUGUUUUCUGUGGACAAGGACCUCAAUGGAAUGAGAUGGGAAUGAAUCUCUAUCAAAAUGAACCAAUUUAUCGAUCAAUCGUUGAUAAACUUGAUAAAAUGUUUCAAGUUUAUUCUGGAUACAGUAUUUUAGAUAAAAUGAAACAAAUCUCCAAUCAAUCUACUGAUAUACACAAACCAAUUCUUGCUCAACCUUCUUUAUUCAUUUUCCAGGUUGCUUUGGUUGAACUUUAUAAACAUUGGGGUUUAAAUCCAUCUAUAGUUUUGGGACAUAGUUUUGGUGAAAUGACUUCUGCUUAUGUAUCAGGAAACAUUUCAUUGGAUGAAUCAGUCAAACUUGUUUAUUUAAGAGCAAUAUUCCAAAAUGAAACAGUUGGAUCUGGAAAAAUGUUGGUUGUUGGAAUAAGUGCUGAUAAAUACAAAAAUGAUUUCCAAAAUCAAUUCCCAGCUCUUGAAAUUGCUUGUUAUAAUUCUGAACAAUCAAUUGUUGUAACUGGAAAUGAAGAGAAGCUCAACGAAUUGGUCAAACAAUUAAAGAUAAAAGAGAUUUUCAAUUCAUUCCUUAGAUCUCAAUGUUCAUUCCAUUCAAAACAUCAAGAAGUUAUAAAAGACAAAGUAAUCUAUCAGAUGAAAGUAUCUAACUCUGAAAGAUCAAGAAUUCCUUGGUAUUCAACUUUUACCGGAGAGCUAAAGAUUGAUCCUAUUGAUUCUCAAUAUAUUUAUGAUAGUUUGAGAUAUCCAGUUUACUUUCAGAAAACAUUACAAUCGAUUGAAAGAGAUAUUGGAAGAGACUUUAGUGAUUAUGUUUUCUUGGAGAUAUCACCCCAUCCAACAUUAAUCAGUUUAAUCAAAGAAACACUUCCAUCUUCAAAGAUUAUUUCUCCAAUUCAAAGAAAUAGAGAUGAACAGUUAUUAUUCAAAUCAUCAUUGGCAGAACUUCAUUGUCUUGGUGUUAAUAUCAGAUUCCAAACUCAAUUCAAUACUUCAGAUAUCAAAAACCCAGUUUGGAGAGAUAAUGUUUCUAUUCUACCACGAUAUCAAUGGGAUAAUGAACUCUAUUGGAAUGAAUCACAUCAUUUUACAAAUAAGAAGACAUAUGGACCAACAACUUCUAUCCUUGGAAAUCCAUCAUUCUUCAAUGGAAAUCAAUGCUUCCUAUCGGAAAUCAAUAUUGGAAGUAAACCAUAUCAGUAUUUAAAAGAUCAUCAAGUGAAGAGUGGUCCACUUUUCCCAGGUGCUGCAUAUAUUGAAGCUAUCAUUGAAUCAAUGAGUUCAAACAAAAAAGAUAUUCUUAACAAUGAUUAUUUUGAUGAGAGUGAAGAAUGGCUCCCAACUGCCAAAUCUAAAGUAACUCUACUUCCGAGUUCAACUUCAAAAGUGUUAGAUUUUGAAUCAUAUAGAAAUAAAUGUAAUUGGUCAUCAUUCACUUCUGAAGAAUUGUACAAAAAGACACACAGGUUAGGAUUGAAAUAUGGACCAGCAUUCCAACAUAUCAAAUUAAUGUUAGUUGGUGAUAAAAUGUCAUUUUCAAUUUUGAAUGUGAGAUCUUCAACAAAUGCACCUUCAAAGAUUUUCAAUUGUACUUUACUUGACAAUUGUGCUCAUGGAUUAUUAGGAAUAAUUGAUGAUAGAAGACAAUACUUUGCAAAAUCAAUUGAAAUGGUAAUCAAUUAUCAAAGUAUUUCUGAAGUCGAAAGAAACCCACCUGAUGAACUCUAUUUAUUAUCAAGAGUAAUAGAUUCAACUUACAAUGACAUUAUUGGACAUUGUCAGUUGGUUCAUCCAAAUGGUACUUUGAUCUUGGAGAUGACAAAACUAACAGUUGGAACAAAUGAAAAAUCUAAAAUGAAGAAAAUUAAAUAUCCAGUUGAAGAACUUAUGGAUUCAUUCUAUCAAUCAAAAGAAUCUAUUUUAAAAAGUCCAAAAGAUAUUUCUCUAAGAAAAGUGCAUACAGAGUCAUCACUCGGUAUCAAAGUCAAUGAUUUUGAAAUUGAUUCUAUUCGAUUAUUGUAUUCAAUGUUUUCAAAUAUUUUACUAGAUUUUAAUCUUUCUAUACUCGAUCAAACAAUUAAAGAAUCUUUUGUCAAAUUCAGUCUAGUAUCAUCAAAUACAAACAUUAAAUUAUUUUCAAGAAUUAUAGAAAUUCUAAAAGAAAAUAGAUCAAUAUUAGAAUCUUUUGAAGAAAAAGAUUUCAAAGAAACAUGGAAAUAUUCUAUUCCGUUAUGUCAUAUGGAACAAAGUGUUCAAUCAAUCAUUGAUGUUCUUUAUGGAAACUUUGAAGUAGAACUUGAUAAUCAAUAUCAAAAUGAUAUUUUGGAACACUAUAUCAAACAAAUAAUCAAUAUUGCGGUAACUUCCAUUUCAGAAACAAUAAUCAAUUCAAAAGAAUUGAGAAUUAUUAAAAUAUUAGAAAUUGGAAGAGAAAAUGGAAAAAUGACCAAAAUGAUCAUUUCUCAACUCGAUGAAAUGUUAUUGUCUCACAAAAAGAAUAAUAUUCAAGUUCAAUAUACUUUCACAAAUGCUUCACCAACUUUAGUGAAAGAAAUGAAAGAAAGAUUCACAAACCAAUUCAAUUUGAAAUCAAACUUGAAAUUGAAAUUUAAGGUUGCUGAUUUCGAUAGAGACUUUAUUGAACAAGAUAUUCUUCAUUCAUCAUACGAUAUGGUAUUAAUGUCAUUGGAGCUUCAUAUCCGUCCAGAUAUUAGAAUUCCAAUUGAAAAUUGUUAUAAUAUUCUUUCACCAAAUGGAAUAUUAUUGUUUGUUGAACCUGCACACAGUGUUGCAAGUAUCGAUAUUUUGUUUGGUAGAUUCAAACAAUAUUGGAAUUAUAUUGAUGGUAUCAGAGAUCAUUCUUCACCAAAUCUAAAUCAAUUGGUUGAGUUACUCUCACAAAAUAAUAGAUUCAUUAAUACAAAGAUUUAUGGACCAAUUGAUUCGAAUGGAAAUCAAUUACCUCCUGAUCAAGGUCUUCUUAAUAUCAUCCAUUCUCAAAAAUCACCUAUUAAAUCUCUUCCCAUUUGCAAUAUUCAACAUCUUGUUUUAAUCAUCAAUGAAAAUCAAUCAAUUCCUUUGGAAAUUUUUGAACAAUAUUCCAAAAAAUCAAUAUCAAUUGUCUACUCAAAUGAAAUUGAUCAUAAAUCAGGUUUAUUGUUUGAAGCAUCUCAUAUCAUAUUCCUUUCAACAAUAGAACAACAAUAUAUAAACACUUUUCAAACUACAUUAUUCUCGUUGGUUCAAUUAAUUCAAACUUUUAGAUUUCGAGAAAAUCAACCAUCAAUUACUAUCAUCACAAAAGAUUCUGAAUCUUCAAAUUUCUUUUCAAAUUCCGUUGUUGGAUUGGUUUACACAGCUAUGGUUGAUCAUCGAGAGCUGAAUCUAUUAUUGGUUGAUAUUGAUUCACCUUUGAAUGGUGAGAAUAUUGAAACAAUUCUUCGUCUCAAUGAAAAUAGACUUGGUGAAUAUCAUUACUCAAUCAAGAAGAAUCAAGUCAUGGUAUCAAGAAUAAGGAAAAUCAAAGAUGAUGUUUUGGAAUAUUCUCAUGCCUUUGAGAAUGAAAUAGAGAAUCUGGGAGUUGCUCCAAAUGUCAAUUUAGAUUUUAAAUUAAUGAAUAGAAUAGUUGGGCCAAAUGAAAUCGAAAUUGAAGUCAAAUCAGCUGCAAUUAAUUUCAAAGACUAUUUAUUCCAUCUCAAAUUAAUUCCAGAAAAGAUAAUGAUAAGAGGAGAUAUUCAUCAUCCACCACUCGGACUUGAAUCAAGUGGAGUUGUCACAAAGAUUGGAGAGAACACAAAGAAGUUCAAAGUUGGAGAUGAAGUUGUUUGUUUCCAAAUUGGAAAAGCAAUUGGUUCACAUACUAUUUAUGAUGAAUCAUUCUUUGUUCCAAAACCAAAAGAACUUUCAUUCAUUGAAUGUUCAUCAGUUGGAACUGUAUAUUUAUCAGUAUAUCAUGCUUUCAAAAUUACCAACUUUGAUGCAGAAAGUGAAUCAAUUCUGAUUCAUAGUGCUACUGGAGGUGUUGGACUUGCAGCAUUAAAUACUUUGAGAAUGAUGAAUUGUAAAAGAGUUUUUGCAACAGCUGGAUCACAAGAAAAGAUUGAAUAUCUUAAAUCAAAUUAUUCUGAUAUUUUAAUUGAUGUAUUCAAUUCUUCAUCAAUUGGUUUUGCAGAUUUGAUUAAACAGAAAUGUAAUGGAGUCGAUGUUCUAUUGAAUUCUUUAUCUGUUGAAUAUAUGGAAGAGAACUUCCGUUCAAUGGCUCCUCAUGGAAGAAUUGCUGAUCUUACAAUUACUCAUAUUCAUAAUAAUGAUACUUGUAAUUAUGGUCAAUUCAAAAAUGAUCUUAUUUAUUGUCCAAUAGAUCUUACUUUUACUGCAAAACACAAGACAAUAUAUAUGGCUAAUUUAUUUAAGCAAAUUCUCAAUGAUAUUUCAACUGGAAAACUUCAAUUGACACCAAUCAAGGUAUUUGAUAUCACUGAUAUCAAAGAUGCUUUCAAAUUAAUGAAAGAUAGAAAACAAAUUGGUAAAAUUGUUUUGGAUUGUUCAAAUAUCAAAAAUUCUAUUCUUCAACCAUUAGUAGAAUCAAAAAAUAGACAACCAUUACCAAAGAUUCAUUACAAAGUUCCAAUUUCAAACACAAUAAUUGUCACUGGUCAAAGUGGUAUUUCUCUUGAACUUGUCACUUGGCUUUCUAAACAUUCAAGUGCAUCAAAUAUUGUUGUGUUUUCAAAAUCAAACAUGAACAACAGAAUUAAACAAUUGAUAAAUUCAACAACAUCCAUGAAAAUAGAUUUCUAUUCAAUGGAUGUUUCAAAUUUUGAAAACUUAAAUUCAAGUAUUGAAACAAUUUCAAAGAUUCUUCCUCCAAUUGAAACUAUUUUCCAUCUUGCAACUAUUUUUGGUUCAAAUCCAAUAAAUGAAGUGACAUUGGAAAAUCUCAAAGAAGUUAACGAUCCUAAAGUUAUAGGUGCCUAUAAUCUACAUAAGAUUUCAAUUGAUUUAAAGUUACCCCUCAAACAAUUUAUCGUAUUUUCAUCAGUAUCUGGAUUAUGUGGAUCAGCCUCACAACCAGCUUAUAAUUCAGCAUGUCUAACAGUAGAUGCCUUAUGUAAAUAUAGAAACAAUAUUCUUGGAUUAUGUUCAAAAUCAAUUAGAUUAGGUCCAACAAUGGGAGAAGGAACUGUGGCUGAAUCUGAAGGAAUGCAAGAAUACUUUAAUUCUAGAGGUGUAGAGCCAUGUCCACUAAACAAGGUAAUCGGAGGAAUUGAACAAAUUAUUUCACAAUCAUUAUAUUGCACUCCUAUUAUAUCAAAUAUUACUAAUGGAAGAUGUUAUGAUGUCCAUCCACAUAUCAGACAGUGUGUUGAACAUUUAGUAGUUGAAGAUACAGGUAAAUCAAACAAUUUACUUGAUUAUGUUGAUCCAAUAGAAGCAAUCACCGAUGGUCUUUCUAAACUUCUCUCGAUUCCAAACCACAAGUUAAAUCAUGACACUCCUCUCAAGAACUAUGGUGUUGACUCAAUGGUCACCGUUCAAGUUAAAUUUUAUUUGGAUAAUAUAAUUGAUAUUGAUGUGUUCAGUUUGUCCCAAAUUCCAAACUUGACAAUCAAUUCUAUACACCUUUCAUAUCUGAAACUCAAAAAGAACAAGAACAAAUAA